AUGGUGGAUGAUUUUCAAGAUGUCGUCGACAAACUAUGUCAAGUCCAUGCAAACGACGUCGAAAAGUGUACGGGAAUUCUGGACAUUCUUGCGUUCCAGGAUGCGAAAUGCGGGGGAAGAGGGAACUCAGCAAUUUGGAAAAUGCUGAAGAGCCUCAUCGCCUACGAUCAGGUAAGCUUUCGUAGGAAACUAACCAAUUGGCCCUCUGGGAUGUUUCCAUCUUUUUCAUACCUUUCCUGGAUCUUUCAACUCCCACUUUCUAUUGUUUCCCUGAGUCAAACAAAAAGUUAUGAAUUCUUUAUUAUCAGUUCCUGCUGAGUCUUCGUAGCUAGGGGUGACUCUUUUAACACUUAACGCUAAUUUUUAAACUUUCUUUUUCAGCCAUUCAAGUCCUACUCCGAGAAGCUUGUUCUAUCAGCAGAUAGAAUGCCGUCUCGCCCAGAAACGCCGUCGUUUCAAGCUCUGGAUGUGGGUCCGGUUAGCCCCAAAGGUAAUACCAAAUCUUUAACUCAGAUUUAAUAUGCGCAUUUAAUGUUUGAUCAUCACUUUUAAUUUCUUAAUUAUGACCUUCUUUCAUAUGGAAGUUAUUUUAUAUUCUAAGAUUUGAAAGUUUGAUAUAGUCUGUGUGCCAACUCAGGCACUCAAAAUUUUCUCCCGCGGUGGAAGUUCGCCAUUCCCGCGCGUGAAAAUCGGGAGAACUACGCGACCCGAAAUAUUAAACAGCAUUUAUUACCGCAGAAAUAAAAUAGUAACAAUUUUCGUUGCGAGGCAACAGAAGAGAGGUCAACAAUAAAACUAACUGGGGCAUGGUCUCUUUUGAACAUCAAGUUGAGAAACAGGGUUGAGUAGAACUUUAUUUCUGAUUCCGAGAACUUUUACCUAGGCCUAUUAAAACCCAUAUGGCCUCAAAUCUCAACUCGAUGUUCAGGGAGACCAUACCCUCCCAAGGAAAAUAUUGUAGAAAAAAGAAGAUGACGAUUGUAGUAGAUGCAACCAUAUUGCCGAUGAGAGAAAGCUAGUAAUCAUGGAAAACAUAAAUUCCUUUUUUGAGAGAAGACUUGAUACGGCUGUGAGACAGUAGGAGCUGUACCUUUUCUAAUCGCUAGGCAUCAUUUUUGGUCAUGAUUGAAAUUUUUUGAUUUGGUUUUUCCUUUUCGUAUGAGAUGUUUUGUUGAUUUCUUCAGGAAGGUUGUAUGAUCUCUGUUCAGCUGACUAAGCUCGAUCAGAGCGAAAGGCGCACGAUGAAGAACAAACCACUAUGUGGGAACUAUAGAAAGCCCACUGGACUCAGUUCUGCAACCCCUCCGGUGCCUUAAUAUCUUUCUAGAUCUCUACAAAAACACAAGAGCCGUCAAAUUUGAUGAAAUCGAUUUUUACCGAUUUUUGAAAUCAUUGAACGUAUUAUACUGGCGCCUCAAAAAUUUCCUUUGAAACGUCUAAAAAAAUAUGAAAAAUACUACAAAAUAAGAAAAAUAACCACCAUUAAAUGUAUUGCAGAUGUCGUAGAAAUAAAAAUGAACUUUUUUUAAACGUUUACCUUUUUAUUUUUGAUAUAUAUAAAUAUUUUUGAAAUUCUGGAAACAAUUAAACUGAAAUAGAAAAAAAAAUUGCGAAAGGAAACGUUGCGCGCUUCUGAUUACUUGGAUUCAAACUAUCUGCAUGAAUCGCGUUUCCCACGGUCAUUUCUGGCGGGAAUAGCGCGGCAACCCCGUAAACUUCCCGAAUCACGCGACUUUAAACGCUCAUUUUGCGGGAUUUACCAAAUUUGAUCGACGGGAAAGCCCGAAUGACCAAAGCAACUGAGAACAAGAGAUGCCGUAAUUCACGCGCGCGAGCUCCCGAACGCUCAUUUUUUUACCUAAUUCGUCCAUCGGGAGAAAAUCUUGAGUGCCUGAGACAACUUAAAAAUUUUUACGGAACGACAUUUCGCUGUCCCUGCUGCGUUUGUUCGCGAACCUUCUCCUGAAUCUAGGUCACGCUUUCAAUUGAUUAUUAUUUAUGUGGGAGCACAUGAAAGUAGAGUACUUUCAUUUCAAUCACUUUUAUUUUUCGCAACAUCGGGAUGGUGUGGUGAUGUUGCAGGGAGGGAAAAAGACCACUAGGUGGAUUAACUAACCCCACCUGUGAAGAAAAAAAAAGUUUUUUUGUGAGAAAAAGAAACAUAGAACCAUAAUAAGUAGAUAUUUAAAAACCAAGUUGAUCAUGGCACAAAUCUGUGAACACUUGAAAGAAUAUGCUCGACGCCAACAUUUUUCUGCAUAAACUAAAAAAACAUGUCCUUAAAAUGUCUUCCUCUGCCAAUAAUUCAUGUUCAAUGUCAUUCCAAACAUUAGUAAUGCGAUGUGAUAAGAAAUUGAAGAAAACCAAUGAAGGUUUCGUUUUUUUAUUAAUUUAAAAACCAUUUCCUCUGAGCUGACUGGGACGGUCAAAGAUGUUAUGUACCUGGAUGGGAGAGUCUGACCAGCACUUAUUAUGCAAAAACUGAUGUGAUAAUACCAGAUCCUUAACUAAACGUCUAAAUCAAAGAGGUUGAAGACCUAAAAGUUUUAACCGUUCAUUAUAUUAUAUUCUUGGAAAAGGCGCUUUGUGAAACGCCUCUAGACAGAUUCUAAUCGAUCAAUAUCUGAUUUUGUCAAUGGAAACAUUAGUUCCGAACCAUACUCUAACAUGAAAAGUACUUUGGCCUUAUAGAAUUUCAAGAAGUUUUGUUUCGAGAAGCUAAAACAGCGGAAUAGAUUGUUUGUAAUACGCAUAGUUUUAACGGUAACUUCAAUAUGAUUAUGCAGGUUAGAUAAAAAAAAAAUAACUCCGAGAUCUUUCAUGCAAUCCUCGUUAUCCACUGUUAUACUAUUAAGCUCGUAACUCGCAACACUUCGAUCUCGUUUCCCAUAACUGACAUUGAGACUUUUAUUUUCUGAAUGAAUGAAACUUAAUACCUAAUUAAAGAAAAAAAAUUAGAAGCGCGACCAAGGUUCGCAAAGGUGCGCAGGUGCACAGCGGAAUGUCGUUUGGUGGAAUUCCAAGUCGUGGUACACAGGCUAUAUUCUUUGAGCCUGUUUGAUUGAUUUUUUUGUUUCAGGACCUACAUCAAGAAAGCGACAAAAGAUUGAUCCAGAGCUAGAACCGCUACCUGUAGAUGGAGAUCUAGUUUCUCAAAUAAGGCAGUAUGCUUGGUUCUAUACGAAAGGAGACAAUUUCAAAAGAUCGGCUAUCCCGAUAACGAAAGAUCUGGCAAUCACCUACCGUCAUGGGGAAAACAAGAAUUACUUAAAAGGCGAUUCUAUCAAGCUUUCUUCAUAUCAAAACCAGAAAAUGGUUGUUGAUACUUGCGUAGUUCUUGUUGAUGAAGCCCUCGAUUUAAUUGUACUCCAAACAAAAUCCGCCGAACUCUGUGAAAGAGAUUUGAUCAAAGAAGCAGUCGAGCCGCACAGAGGAAUGAAAUACACUUUGGUACGUUUAACUAUAGUCAAUCUACAGUGAAGUUGCUAAUCGGGGUAAACAGCAAGUAGAGUUCUCAAAAAUAAAUGUUUGACGAACGUUCAACCGAACAUUUGAUGAACUCGACCAAGUAGUUGAAUUUCACAUGAACCGCUCGUUAAAAAAUUCAUUUUGGUUAAAUUUCAUAACUGAGCGUUUGGAAAAAAUGAAAAAUUACUUAUUUUCGAAAAAAUUUUGGUUAUAAAAAUGAAAAUGAAAAUUUCAUUUUGAAAAGUUUGGUCAUUAAGGCGAAUAUUUAUUUACUAGUCAGAAUGUGAUCGUUUAGAAAAUGACUAUUUAUUUUUCGGUCAUAAUUUGAAACGUCACAAAAUGAAAAGAAUGAAAGUGAUCAAUUUUGAUUGAUCUUUCAAACACGACAUUCGGUUAAAAUGUCAAAAAGAAAAUUGCUCGUUUUUGAAAAAUGUCAUUCUUUUCAAUUUUUCAUUUUGAGAACUCAGCAGGCGUUUUCACUCUGAAAUACAGUGAGAUAUCGUUACUGACAUAAAAAAUGAAAACAUGAAAGUUUUGUAUAGACUUUAAGUGUUUUACCUACAACUUCUGAAUGAUUUCAGAUGGGCUAUUCGGUUAUUCAUGGCGGAACAUCACACAUAUCCUUCUCCGCGGGAAUAAUUUCUAGUGAUAUUACAUCACGACUCCGUUUUCUGGGCUCGAGUGGCUCUUUUAAAGGCGACAGCGGUGGAAGUUGUUGGAGCGAAGAUGGAAAGUUGAUUGGGAUGCAGGUAACCAUCGACUUUUUUCAAUUGCGAGAUGUAGGAUCAAGUACUUUUUUGUUGCGGGAUUAGAGCAGCACGGGAUUUGGCAAAAAUUCAGAAACUAAAUUGCAGGUUGAGACGGAACUUGUUCCUCAUACAAAGGACAAUAAUGGUCGACCGUCAUCUCCGGCAUCGGGUGGACGAUGUGGAAUCAUUCCGAUCACUAAUAUUCAUUCAAUAAUUUUGGUAAGCUUAUAAAUGAUCUUAGGAAUUUUUACAGUCAUAUAAAUAAAUGACUUUAGAAGUUAUUACCGCAAGAAGAAGAAGUCGAUUGGAAUGAAUAA